GCGACCUGUACGCUGAUCUGAGACCAGCCUUUUCACUUUCGAAUCAGCCAUUCUUACUCAACACUAACAUGUAGAACUGACUCCAGAACAGCAGUGUGUACGGCCCCAUCUCCUCUUCACUUCUCACGUUUUGUAAACUUGUAACCGCUUCCUCGUUGGAGCAGCGGUUCUCUCAAGGUGCAAACAUGGCCCUGAGUGUCUUAUAUCACGGACUGGGAUGCCGGUUGUUUCACAGUAAUGUUAAACUCCUGCAAAACGGGACCAGGACACUGAAUGUGAGACUCUCGCACAGCCUUUCACGGAGAGAACCCGGAGUUCACUGCUACCUGGUGAACGCCAGUCAGCGGUACACCUGCAGAGCAGCUCAACAGCUUCAUCAACACUCCUCGAGGACACUUUCCUCACUGCCUCCACCGCCUUCAUCAGAAGAGAAGAAGAAUAAGAAGUCUGGGCCUGUUACAUGGAAAUCUUUAGCAAUCACAUUUGCUAUCGGAGGAACUCUGCUCGCAGGGAUGAAAUAUUUAAAGAAAGAAAAGGAAGAACAGAUUGAAAAGGAGCGGACCAAAUCGAUCGGCCGACCGGCGCUGGGCGGUCCGUUCUCGCUCAUCGAUCACAACAACAAGCCCACCAAGAGUGAGGACUUCCUGGGCCAGUGGGUCCUCAUCUAUUUUGGGUUUACUCACUGCCCUGACAUCUGCCCGGAUGAAAUAGAGAAAAUGAUUGAAGUGGUGGAUGAAAUAGAUAGAAUAAAGUCUCUUCCAAACCUGACGCCGAUCCUCAUCACCAUUGAUCCUGACAGGGACACAACGGAGGCCAUGGGUGCUUAUGUGAAAGAGUUUUCACCAAAGCUGAUCGGCCUGACGGGAACAAAGGAUCAGAUUGAUCAGGUUUCCAGAGCCUACAGAGUUUAUUACAGUCAGGGACCAAAGGACGAAGACAACGACUACAUCGUCGAUCACACCAUCAUCAUGUACCUCGUUGCACCCGACGGAGAGUUUGCGGAGUAUUUCGGACAAAACAAAAGAAGUGGGGAGAUCAGCAGCUCGAUAGCGUCACACAUGAAGAAGUACAAGAAGGCAAAGGGAGCAGCAGCCAAUUAAAAGACCCACUACGGACCGACAGGUUUAAUCACUACUGACACUUCAUAUUGCUAUUUAUUCUGAACACGCUGUUGUACGAAAUCUCUGCAGUAACAUUCCUUUUAAACGAGUGAUGUGCAGCAGAAAACAGAUCAGAUGUCUGGUUCUGUUCUCCAUCGUACAUACAGUUCACACUGCUGCCGAAUUGACUUGAUUUGAAAAAAUGGCUUCAACAAGUGCCUCCUGCUUUAAAAUAAAUGUGCACAAAUCAGCCCCAAUAAGAUCAAUAUCUCUGAUUUAUGAUUCAAAGAAUGAGGAAAAAAUCUGGUUGUGAAUGAAGUGAUUUGAUUUUGUGAUAAAAAUACAAAAUAUAACUAUGCUUUGAAUAUUUUAUUUGUGUUUGAUUGACAACUUUUUUCCAAAUGCAUUAAUGGCAAACUAUUGAUUAGGACCCACCGAAAGUAUGUGUUGGAUUUUAAAAUGUGUUUCUCUGGAGAAAAACCACCAAUUUUCAUCCUUAUUUUUUCACUUUUCUAAAAACGUUUGACAUUCAAAUAUUUUAUCUAGUGUUAAACUUUAUCUCUGGAGAGAUAAUUCUGACUGAACAAAUACAAUGUAGGAGAAAAAGAGCUUUGAAGAGAGCAAUAAAAAAAGAAAUCGUGUUUAAUGCUGUUAAAGGUGAAAUUUGGAAACAAGAAAUUGGAUCUCCCAGGGAAACUCUUUUUACAGUCCAAUAAGAAGAAACAUCAAAUGAGAUAUGGAAAAUAUAAUUCCUUAUUAAGGAAAUCAAUGCCCUAAAACUGUAACUAUGAAACUGAGUUGCAGGAAGACGACCUGAACAUUAAACCUCAUAUGUUACUGAUAUCAUAUCGUAUAACACUGACACUGAAACUGCCUUCAGUGUCAGUAUUGACGGGUUUAUCAGUAUUUCUCCAUCCGUAAAAGAUCAAAUAUCUAAAACAUACAAAUCCAGUGUUCACUUUUUAAGAGAAUUUGGUGUUUGGUGUGAACAUUUUGAUGGUGAGUAUUUGUUUGUAUCGAUAGGAUGAUAUGGGAUUUUGUGGUGGAUUACAGUAAAAUAGUUGAUGGUACUGAAUUUUCAUGAUUUGAAAAAAAGUUGUCUACCCCCCUAUUAUGUACAGAAGUGGAAAAUAGAACCUGAUUUAAAAAUACCAAAAAACUGAAAUGAUCAUUUAAGAAAGAACAGAUUCACACAAUUAUUUCUUUAUCCAUCUUUAUUUAUUUAUUAUUUACAAUUUCCUUAUUUGGGUUUUUUGGGUUUUGUGAACUAAAAGUUAUAUCUGAUGCAAUAAACUUAGAAAUGUCUUAACCAAAUGGACGGUAAAGUGAUUAUUUUUUGUUUUAGUGCCAUUUUCAGAGGAAUAUAUCAUGAUUAUUUUGACCAGAAUGAUUGUGAUUGUAAUCGUCCCGUAACUAUUUGAAUAAAAGA